GCAACGUUAUAUCUAUAUGUAUAUCAAUAAUAUAUACAUAUGAAUAUAUAUAUAAAUUAUCGUCAUCGUCGUCAUCGUCAUCAUCGUCGUCAUAAUAAUCAUCAUCAUCAACGAUAUGUCGUUUUUAUUCUGAUUAAACAUUUGCGCACACGAUUUUCAACGAAUGUAAUUGAUUAAUUGUCAUUUCGAUAAAAAACGACGAAAACCAACAAAAAAAAUUCUCUCAAAUAAAAAGAAACGCAACAUAUGAUUUCUUUUUCUUAUUUUCGCUCGUCGUUUCAACGAACAUCGACUUGAGGAAAAGAAUUUUCAUUUUUUUUCUCCAAAUAAUAAUCAUAACACUAACACCGAUAACGAAGAUAAUAAUCACGGUAAUAAUAAUGAUAAUAAUAACAAGAACAGCAACGAAAAUGGUUUAAAUGAAACGUAUAAACGAUAACCGCGGAUGAAGAAGUAAUCGAAAAGAAGAGGAGAGACUUGCCUAAGAAGUAAAGCAAAUAUAAGACAAAGACGGAAGAGAAUAAAAAAGGAAGAAUUUGAAUAAAAAAAGAAAAGGAGGAAAAGUAAAAAGUCGAAAGAUUAAUUGAUCCGCUGCUGGUGCUGCUGCUGCUGCUGCGCCACGUGGGAGAAGAAGAAUUUUCACAAUUGAUGCUGCGGCGAAGAUAUAGAAAAUAAUUAUUGGUGGUCCAUGUUCUUUUGCAAAAUAGACAAUUCAAUUUUCUCACAAUUUUAAAAUAGUUCGAAGUUUCGUCUCGAGUUUUAUCUUCCGUUUUGCUUCGUUCUCGUUUUUGUUCUUUCGGUCUUUCCCAUUCAUUUUUGUUUUCUGCGCUCCAUACGAAACGUGCAACUCAUGUCGAAAAAAUGAAAUACGUUACGGACAUUGAAUUAACAUAGAAAACAAGAAGAAUUCGAAAUUGACAAAUAAUUGUAUGGAAACGGAAAAACGAAAGAAGACGAUUUUUUGAAGAAGAAAAAGUUCGAACGGUAGAGAAAAAUAAAACACAUUACGAAGAUAUAAGAAAAAAAAUCUACGAAGGACCUUGUGGAAGAUAAGGGUAAUCAAAAUUAAAACACGGGAAGAAGAGGAGCGAAAGGAUCUGCAGGACCUGCGACGAGGGCGACCCUGAAUUUUCCCGCAGGAUAUGCUGGAGCCACGCUGGAGACCUGUGCAGGGGCAUUUAGGAGAGAGUCCAUUCGACAACGGAUCGUGGAUUAAGGAACAUUUUCAACCAACCGCAGUGCCCUGGCAAUCGAGCCUACGAGGACAAUCAAGAUACGGUGACGAUGGCAUAAUGGAUCAUGAUCAAGACGGGGACGGUGCGAUUAAUUUGUCAACUUCCCAGAGACCAUCGGCUUCCACAACCCCGAACGGAGAUACGCCAAAUUUGUCCUACCUCCUCGAUCAGCAGGACAACGAUCAGGCCGCCUCGCUCUACAGCGCGUUGAAACAGCAGCAGAGUCGCGAAUCGUCGUCGGUAUCCAGAGAACGUGGCGCGGAACGAAAUCGCGAGGAGACGGAAAGCGAGCAACAAAAUCCGAGCCAACAACAACAACAGCAGCAGCAGCCGAGGGAGGUCAACAUCGAGUUUCAAGGCAAUGGAAAACUCAGUCCUUCAGGGCAUUAUCCACUGACGAUCGCACCGAUGACCCAGCAAAAGCAGCCGAUUGUUUCGUCGCAACAGUCUCAUCAGCCCAGUUCGGGUGCGCCACCUGCAUCCGGUUCUCAACCGAGUCCGAGACAGAGUCCUCAAGCCCCCCAACAGGGCAGUCCUCCAACCCCUGCUGGUCAGGGACAGUCACCUGGAGGGCAGCCACAACUGACGAAUACACAAACGUCAACGCAGAUGAUGCUCAGCCCCGCUAGCGGGCUCCAUCAGAUGCAACAGCUUCUUCAACAGCACAUACUAAGCCCGAGUCAAUUGCAAUCUUUCAUGCAACAACACACGCUUUAUCUACAACAACAACAGCAACAACAUCAUCAGGACUCGACGCCCGAGCAUCUGGCCAAUCAGGAGAGGUUCGGAUAUUUUUCCUCCAUAAAAAACCAUCAACAGCAGCUAGCAGAGUUGGGAAGAAAACAGUUGGAACAAGCUAUGCAGCAGCUUCAAGAACAGUUGCAACUUAACCUGAUUCAACAAACGCACUUGCUUCAAACUGCGGAUAAAAAAAAAGCGUCGGCACCUCUCCAACAAUUGGCUUUGCAACAGCAACAACUCAUACAACAACUACAAAUAACCCAAAGACAGUAUCUCCUCCAACAAGGUCUCGGACUCCAAGGUCAUAAUCAUUCGUCGGGUCUGCAGCCGGGUGACGGUAUGACAAUUUGGAAAAAUGAACCAUCCGAUGGAACGGAUCAGGUUCACCAGAAUUCAAAUGCCCACAAAUCUGGCUCUGGUUUAAAUGGUUUAUUAAAUUCAAUCGUAUCUGGUCGUCGUUCGGACAUGAACGGCACAUCUUCUGUCGAAGAAAAACCAUUAGACGCAUCGUGCAGCGACAAAGCCCAUCCCCUUUAUGGUCACGGGGUCUGCAAGUGGCCGGGCUGUGAAGUUAUCUGUGAGGAUUAUCAAGCAUUCCUUAAGCACCUGAACACCGAGCACACGUUAGACGACAGAUCGACGGCCCAAGCCAGGGUCCAAAUGCAGGUUGUUUCGCAGUUAGAAAUUCAACUUCAAAAAGAAAGAGAUAGACUGACCGCCAUGAUGCAUCAUCUUCACGUAGCCAAACAAAUGGCUUCACCCGAACCACCGAAAUCAUCCGAAUCGUCGACCGGUUCGAGUUUACCAAAGUUGAACUUCAAUCAGCCGCCCCCAAAUUUCGGGGUAUCUCAAGUCUCUCCGGUAUCAAUGUCGGCUCUGGUGUCGGCGGUAAGGUCACCGGCCGGAGGUCAACUCCCUCCAACGGGUGGUCCGAAUUCUAUGCCACCGUUACCGAACAUGUCGACGAUGCCGGGUAUGCCACCUAUGCCAAAUAUGCCCGGAAGUAUGCCGACCAUGCCGUCGAUGGCGGGGCCCAUCAGAAGAAGGAUCAGCGACAAAUCAGCGCUCUCGUUGGCUGGCGGGCUGCCCUACAUGCUGGAGCGUGCCGGUCUAGACGUACAACAAGAAAUUCAACGUAAUAGAGAAUUUUACAAAAACGCCGACGUAAGACCUCCGUUCACUUACGCAUCUCUGAUCCGACAGUCCAUAAUCGAAUCUCCAGACAAGCAGUUGACGUUGAACGAAAUCUACAACUGGUUCCAAAAUACAUUCUGUUACUUCAGGCGCAACGCAGCAACGUGGAAGAACGCAGUGCGACACAACCUGUCUCUCCACAAAUGUUUCAUGCGAGUCGAAAACGUGAAAGGGGCUGUUUGGACUGUGGACGAAGUGGAGUUUUACAAGAGACGUCCGCAGCGCGCUUGCAGCACGACUGGGGGCGUCCCAUCGAAAAGUCCAACUCUCACUCACAGUCCGACUAUGUACGGCGAUGCACUGAACGCGAAUCUCCAGUAUUUCCAGGCUGCGCUUGGUGAGUCCAACAUGGGCUUUUUGAACAACUCGAUGUGCACGUCGACGGCAACGAGUCCCGACAAGGACCACCUGAUGGCACACAACGAUCUAAUGUCACCGCUGGAUGAACCAGCGGGCGGUAUCCACAUAAAACAGGAAGGUCAGAGUCCGGAGGGUGGUAAAUUAUCGAGACUGAUAAAACGUGAAUUAUUCGAAGCCCCGAUCGAGCACGAUGACGAAGGUGUGGACGACAGAGGGUAUCCCGAAAGUCAUCACGGUCACGAUUCAGGUCCGGACGAAGACAUGGCCGAGGAUUUAUCAAUGGCACCCGACAACAUCAUGCCAUCGGAAGACCAGAUCGAAGCGUAGUAGUAAAAAAAAUUAUUCUCCCUCCCCGCCCCGCCCCGCCCCUCUCC